UGGAGCGGGGUGACAGCGCGUCCCGCCGCCCGUCACGCUCCGAGGCGUCGGCGUGAGGACGCGGGGGAGGCGGUGGGAGAGAGAGAGGCGGGUGCGCGGUGUCGGCGGCAGGCGCGGCGCGCGGGCUCCGUGAGCGCACACGUGCGUGCCGGGUCCAGGAUGCUUCUGCCUGGCCGGCGCGCCCGUGGAGCCGGGAGUGCCGCGAAGUGCCCCGCCGCAGUGUGCGGGAGUGCGCGGGGCUGCGUGCAUGCAGUCCGGCCGGCGCGGCGCCUGCAGUCACAGGGUGGAGCGUGGGCGCGCAGCCCUUUGUGCCCGCGCGUGGCGAAGCGUGCCGGGGCCAGCGUGCGCGUGGGCGCCGCCUCCCGAUCUCGCAAAGGCUGACAGCCGUCCCGGGGGCUGCUGCAGCGGCCCGGCCCUCCCGCUCCGCGCCCCGCUCCUCCUGGAAACCGAGUGCCCUUCCUCCCGCUCCCGGCUCUCCUCUGGGCUGCAGCCGGGACCUGCCCCUGGCUUCCUCGAAAGCCCAGCGGGGCGCAGGGGACGCGGGAGGCUCCGGGCGGAGAGGCAGACGCGGGAGGGAGACGCGGCCAAGAUGCCGCAGCGGCGAGCGGGGGAUGGACCCGCCAGCCCCGGUCUCCCCCUGCGCUACCGACCUCUCCUCGAGUUUCCCUCGGCGCCCCUGUUGCCUCCUCCCGGAAGGCGGGUCCCGCACGCCCCCGCCAGGCCUCCCGCAUUCCCUGGCUCUCCCUGCCUCUCCCUAGACAGGCUCGGCCACUAUUUCCCCCUCCCGCCCGCCUUCCCCUCCCUACCCGGUGCCCUCCUCUCUUCUCCUACCUUGGAGUUCCCGGGCAGUGACCGCCACUCCGCAGGAGCCCCCUGGCCCGGCUCCCCAGGUGGGCAGUGGAGCCGGCCCUGCACCUGGGCGCGCCAUGCGCAGCACCACGCUGCUGGCGUUGCUGGCGCUGGUCCUGCUGUACUUGGUGCUGGGCGCCCUGGUGUUCCGGGCGCUGGAGCAGCCCCACGAGCAGCAGGCCCAGAGGGAACUGGGUGAGCUCAGCGAGAAGUUCCUGAGGGCCCACCCGUGUGUGAGCCAGCAGCAGCUGGGGCUCUUCAUCAAGGAGGUGGCCGGCGCCCUGGGAGGGGGCGCGGACCCAGAGACCAACUCGUCCAGUAACAGCAGCCACUCGGCCUGGGACCUGGGCAGCGCCUUCUUUUUCUCAGGCACCAUCAUCACCACCAUCGGUUACGGCAACGCAGCCCUCCGCACCGACGCUGGGCGCCUCUUCUGCAUCUUCUAUGCGCUGGUGGGGAUCCCGCUGUUCGGGAUCCUGCUGGCCGGGGUCGGGGACCGGCUGGGUUCCUCCCUGCGCCGUGGCAUCGGUCACAUCGAAGCGGUCUUCCUGAAGUGGCACGUGCCCCCGGAGCUGGUGCGAGUGCUGUCGGCGAUGCUGUUUCUGCUCAUCGGCUGCCUGCUCUUUGUCCUCACGCCCACCUUCGUGUUCUGCUACAUGGAGGAGUGGAGCAAGCUGGAAGCCAUCUACUUUGUCAUAGUGACGCUCACCACUGUGGGCUUCGGCGACUAUGUGGCCGGCGCUGACCCCCGGCAGGACUCUCCAGCCUACCAGCCGCUGGUGUGGUUCUGGAUCCUGCUCGGCCUGGCCUACUUCGCCUCGGUGCUCACCACCAUCGGGAACUGGUUGCGAGUGGUGUCCCGGCGAACUCGGGCAGAGAUGGGCGGCCUCACGGCGCAGGCUGCCAGCUGGACCGGCACGGUGACGGCGCGGGUGACCCAGCGAGUCGGGCCCACCGCACCGCCGGAGAAGGAGCGGCCCCUGCUGCCCCCACCGCCCUGCCUCGCGCAGCCGGUCAGCAAGCCCCCGUCCCCCGCGCCCGCGCCCGCGCCGGAGGAGAAGCCCGAGACGCCGUCCCCGCCCACGGCCUCCGCCCUGGACUACCCCAGCGAGAACCUGGCCUUUAUCGACGAGUCCUCGGACACGCAGAGCGAGCGCGGCUUCGCGCAGCCCCGCGCGCCGCGGGGGCGCCGCCGCCCCAACCCCCCAAGGCGGCCUGCGCGGCCCCGGGGCCCCGGGCGUGCCCGGGACAAUGGCGUGCAGGUGUAGGGGCGGGACCCCCGGCCCGGGCCUCUCCUCCGGCUCCGUUCCAGCCCCUUUCCCGGCAUGCUUGGCUUCUUGGACCAAAGAGCCCGCUUCCGACGCCGCCGCCGCCGAAGCCUGGGGUGGCGGCCGCGGGGUGCCUGCCCGCCGCCCCUCGCCCCUGGCGCAUUCCUCACUGCCACCCAUUUCUGUGUCGCUGCCCGGACCGGGCCUGUCCCUCACAGCGCCUCACGACUGUGCCUCAAAGCCUGCAACCAAUAAAGGGAACCGGUCUGCACCGCA